CGGCCGCGGGACUGGACGGUGUCGGUGGCCGGGGAGCUGCUCCUGAGCCUGGCCCGGCCCGGGCUGUGUACCGGGACCAUGGAGGACAUCAUGACGGAGAAGAAAGCGGAGGAGAGUCACCGGCAGGACAGCGCCAACCUCCUGAUCUUCAUCCUCCUGCUGACCCUCACCAUUCUCAGCAUCUGGCUCUUCAAACAUCGCCGCUUCCGCUUUCUGCAUGAGACUGGGCUGGCCAUGAUCUACGGGCUGCUGGUGGGAGUUGUUCUCCGAUAUGGGAUCCACGUUCCCACAGAUGUCAAUAACGUGACCCUGAGCUGUGAGCUGGAGGAUAGCCCCGCCACCUUAUUAAUUAAUGUCAGUGGGAAGAUUUAUGAAUACACGUUGAAAAAUGAAAUAAAUCCUAAGGAUAUUAAUAAUGUGCAAGAUAAUGAGAUGCUGCAAAAGGUGACCUUUGACCCUGAGGUGUUCUUUAACAUCUUGCUGCCACCCAUUAUAUUUUAUGCAGGUUACAGUCUGAAACGGCGGCAUUUCUUCCGGAAUUUAGGCUCCAUUUUAGCCUACGCUUUCAUUGGGACCGUCAUUUCCUGCAUUGUCAUUGGGUUGAUUAUGUACGGCUGUGUCAAGCUGAUGGCUCUGAUUGGUCAACUGAGCGGGGACUUUUAUUUCACAGACUGCCUGCUCUUUGGGGCUUUUAUUUCUGCAACUGACCCAGUGACUGUGCUUGCAAUAUUCAAUGAACUACAGGCUGAUGUGGACCUGUACGCCCUGUUGUUUGGAGAAAGUGUGCUGAAUGAUGCUGUUGCCAUUGUCCUGUCUUCGUCGAUUGUGGCAUAUCAGCCGGUGGGAGUCAGUUCUCAUAAUUUUGACGUGGCUGCAAUGUUCAAGUCAUUUGGAUUAUUUCUCGGAAUAUUCAGUGGAUCAUUUGCACUGGGAUCAGCGACAGGAGUGGUCACUGCACUGGUUACAAAAUUCACAAAGCUAAGAGAUUUCCAGUUACUGGAGACAGCUCUUUUCUUCCUGAUGUCAUGGAGCACUUUUCUAUUGGCUGAAGCAUGUGGAUUUACUGGAGUGGUUGCUGUCCUGUUCUGUGGGAUCACUCAAGCUCACUAUACCUACAAUAACCUCUCUCCAGAAUCCCGGAUCCGCACAAAACAGUUAUUUGAACUCCUCAAUUUCUUAGCAGAAAAUUUUAUCUUUUCCUACAUGGGGUUAACUCUCUUCACCUUUGAGAGCCACAUCUUCAAUCCCACCUUCAUAAUCGCAGCUUUUCUGGCUGUGUUCCUUGGGAGAGCUGCUAAUAUUUACCCACUUUCUUUCCUCCUGAACCUGGGCCGGAGAAAAAAGAUUGGCUCCAACCUGCAGCACAUGAUGAUGUUUGCAGGCCUGAGAGGGGCCAUGGCAUUUGCCUUGGCCAUUCGUGACACUGCUACCUACGCACGUCAAAUGAUGUUCAGUACGACACUGUUAAUUGUCUUCUUCACCGUCUGGGUCUUUGGUGGAGGAACGACACAAAUGUUGUCAUGGCUUCGAAUCAGAGUGGGUGUUGAUCCUGACCAAGAUCAGUCUGCAAAUAUUGAUCAUUCACAACAGGAUGUCCCUGAAGGAGAGCAGAGGAACACAAAAGCCGAGAGUGCCUGGCUUUUCCGGCUGUGGUAUACAUUCGAUCACAAUUAUUUGAAGCCGAUUUUAACACACAGCGGCCCUCCUCUCAGCGCCACGUUACCUGGGUGUUGUGGACCAAUCGCUAGGUUCCUGACCAGCCCAUUGGCUUAUGAGAACCAGGAGCAGCUGAAGGAUGAUGAUUCUGACUUGAUUCUGAAUGAUGGGGACAUCAGUUUGACAUAUGGAGACUCCACCCUAACCACUGCUGACUCCAGCAACACUAGCACCUCUGAUCACAGGAACCUCAUUCAUAACCUGGAAGAUGCCCAUGAACAGGAGCUGGCUUUGGGAGAGCAUGAGCUGGUAAUUCGAGGGACCAGGCUGGUCCUCCCAGUGGGCAACACCGAACCUGCCCUUAACCUAAAGCUGACCGAGAAUUCUGGACCUCACCUGAUGUGAGCUGUCCAGUCAGAGGCUUUGUUCAUCCUCUUUGCACCUACUCCUGGACCCUGCAGCUUGGUAAUGACGUUGCAUGUCAAGAGUUGGAUAUGUUGCUAUUUAAUCUACUUUGAGCCAGAGUGUUUGAAGGAUUAAAUGUUAAUCAAAGGGGGAGCAGAGAGACAGGAGGAUGUAUUUAUAAAUAUGAAUGGAUUGUAUUUAUGACAAACUAUGUCUCCAUUUAGCUCCUUUUCUUUUUAAACAGUCUGCCCUCCUAACAACACAUCAUAUUAACAAGGAUGGAUCCGGUAACUUGUUGACUAGUUGAUGACUUUGAAAUAGUUUGAAUUUUAUUGCACAGCUCGGUUAGAAAGAAAUAGUUUGUUUGGUUAACACUGAGGGCCUCUGGCAGCCUGCUCAAUCACAUCGAAUUAAACCUGGAUCACUCUGGAGAUCCUAUCAUGUUGAGUGUGUCAGAAUCAGUGUUUCAUUCUGCUCCAUGUCCAGUCUGGUUUUAUAAUCAGUCAAACCUUUCCAGAUGGAAGAGAUAUUUUUGUUGCUUUGAUGCUGUUCUGAUUGUUACAUUGGUGCCGAUUAUUUACUUGAUGCCAGUUCCCAUCUAAGGUUUUGCUGUUGACUGGCAGAUUGUGUGUUUUAAUUUCAGUGGGGCAGGAGUGGAUGAUAUUUGCAUUUGAUUGAAGGAUUCGUACAGUCACUCUCUAAUCAUUCCCAUUGCUGGCACUCAGACUCUGGGGCUUUUUAUUAUUUAUUUACGGGAUGUGGGAGUCAUUGGCUGGGCCCAGCAUUUAUUGCCCAUCCCUAAUUGCCCCUUGAGAAGGUGGUGGUGAGCUGCCUUCUUGAAC